AUGGUCCCUGUGGUCGACGCUAGGCCUAUGAAUGACGAUGACGUUCCCAUGGACACAAUAGUACCCAAGACUGAGGCGGCACAAGAUGGCCAUGUUUCCAUGAGCUCUUCGGUAUCGACGCCUGAACCGGAAGAACAGAAUCAGGAUGUUGCUCAAACUCAGAAGAGGAAGGGUGGACGAAAGCCUAUUUAUGCCACAUCAGAAGAGCGAAAGCAAAGGAACCGGCAGGCUCAGGCUGCGUUUCGCGAAAGGAGAACCGAAUACAUCAAACAGUUAGAGACGACCAUCAAGCGAAAUGAAGAGUCUCUCCAGUCGCUGCAACAGAGCCACAGGAGUGCAGCCGACGAGUGCCUGAUGUUGCGAUAUAAGAAUUCACUUCUUGAAAGAAUUCUUAUGGAAAAGGGCAUCGAUGUACAGACAGAGCUGCGUCUCAAAACAGGGAACUCCUCGGCCAUUCCUCCCGUGAGACCCAAUGCGAAUACACUUGCUCCCAAGCAACCGUUGCCUCUUGAACGUGCUGCCAUCGGGAGAACAUCUACCCAGCGACGACAGGCUUCGGGAGCCAUCGCCCCCAAACCGGACCACUCCGGUCUCCCUCAAUCACGAGACAGUGUUUACAAUGCGAAUUCUCCGCAACCUCAGCCUACUCCCUCAUCACAUGUGUCGUCUCCCUCAACAGGACGAUCACCUGGUUUCGCCUUACAAGGCGCCAUGUCUCCAAAAGGAGCCGACUUUCAAUCCCAACAGCACCGCAAUCGACCACCUUUACUCCCAAAUCCAAGGGAUUUUGCUCAGCAAAAUCCACUGGGUGUGAAUCAAAUGAGACCUCUGGAUCCCUAUGCGGCGCAACAACCCGCGAUGCCUGGAGCAACCAUGCCAUCUCAUAUGCAAUCAUAUUAUUCUGCUCCAUUUCAAAAGCAUUAUGAUCAACUAGAACAAGAAUACGACGCCCAAGCGGAUAUGCUUGACGAUACUGACAAUGCGGAGAAUGCCUCUGAUGCAAAUGCAUAUGUUCCUAAUUUCAACCGACCCCCCGUGCCAACAGGACAAGGCCGCAUGGGCUUACCCGGUCCGUCUUCUAUGCAGACUGGUGAUGUUGAUCAAGGGAUGUACAAUGCCGGCGACUCCCUCUUCAAUCAAUACGAGCCUGUACUUGACAGCGACACCUUUGGAUUGAGUGCCAGCAUGCAUUUCCAGACCCCAUUCAGCUACGAGCAGGAAAUGCUUCGCCACUAA